AAAAGUCAUUAGUUUUUAUUUAAAAAAAGUAUAGUUUAAUAUUUGCAAAAAUUUUAACUUUAAAUGCACUUUUUAAAAUCUAAAAUAAAAUGAUUCAUUAUCAAAUUUUUAGGUGCUUUUUGACUUUUCCGUGUGUUAAUUUUAUUCGAGGGCGUAAUACUUUUAAUAUAAUACAUAAAAUAUUAAAAAAAGAUGUCAAAUUUAUCAAUACAAAACGAUUCAAUGAGUCAAUAUUUGACAUGGAUACUAAUGUUCCUAAAGAUGUUCUUCUUUUUAAGUCAUCAAAUGACAGAACAUAUAAAAUGAUAAGUAUAUUUGCUGUAAUACAAUUUGGAUUUUGGUUAACAGUAGCUGAUUCAUAUUAUGCAAUAUUAAAUCGAAAUGUCAAUGACAAAAAUGAAACGAGAUCUGUGGUAUGGAUGGAUAAGUUGAAAGCCAAAGGAAAAUUAGUAACAAUUGGUAUACCAAUAGGUUGUGUUUGUAUGGGUUUAAUUUUGAUUGCUAUUUGUGGAGUUUAUACUGUGAAGUCUAUAAAAAUGUUGGUUUUAUGCAAAGGUGGUAAACAUCUCAGCAUUACAUCUUUUGGGCCUUUUAAUAAGAAUAUAAUUACAACUAUACCAUUGGACAGGGUAAGCUGUUCUAUAGGAAGAAAUGCCAGUAAUCAGACUAUUCCUUUGAAAGUUCAAGGAAAAUGGUUUCACUAUACUUUAGAUAAAAAUGGUAGAAUCUAUAAUCCUCAAUUAUUUGAUAUAACUGCUGGAUUAAAAAGAAAUAUUUAGUUUUAAAGUCAUAUAUAUUUAUGUUUCAAUAUCAAAAUAAAUAGUUAUACUUUGUUUUCAAA